UUUUAACAAUACACUAACGUUACAACAUUAUUAUUGCACAUUUAUUAGCAAGGUUAUUCAUUUACUAGAUUAAAUUCUAAUAAAUACCUUCUGCAAGCCUGAUCAGAUUUGUAGCUUGUCAAUCGCGUCAGAUCAGAGCCGAUCUUGAUUUGGAGAUCCAGCAGACGAGGUAAAGAGCUGAAGGGGUUUUCGCUUUUGAGAACGUAGUAAACUGAGUUGGAAAGUUUGAUCAGGAUUGCCCGAUUUGCGGCGUUCAUCUUCCGAAUGGCGGUGUCCAUCGCUCCCUGUAUGGGUGUGCCUGUUCGCAGGGCCGGCCUUUUUUGAGGUAAAUAACAUCAUUAUUUUAAUCAUCCCGUUUCGCAAAACAAGCGUUAUUAAUUUAAUAUGGAAUGCAAAGAGAAAAUUUCAUAACACGUAUGAAGGACUUUUUAACAGCCGUUCAGGUUCGGCUGUGUCAGUAUCAGCAGGCCUGCGGUCAUCGUGUGGAUUAUUUUGUGAUGUUGACGGGUUAUCGUUUGACUUUUUUACUCCACAGGCAAACAAUUUCAUUUGUUUCGCCAUUGCAACAGGCUGGCCGCGCGCGUGUGUGGAAAGUGGCCGCACAAUGGCUGAAAUGUCGUGUUGCGCACGAACGUAAUGUUAGCGCAGUAGAAACUUUACGGAGGCAUCCAAAUAAAUGUUGACUUCUUUUGAAAUGAGAUUUCCCAGUUUUGUAGGUUUUUAUUCAUUGUUAUAUAUUAAACAAUAAAAAACUGAACAGGUGGUUGCCAAAAGGGGGAACCAGAGACCACAAAAUGGCUGCCAAUUGACUCAAUCUGGUUGCCGAGGGCAACCGGGCAACCGUUACUGUCGAGCCCUAAUUGUUUGAUAACAGAAUAGUUUCAAGAUUCUGAAGAAAAUAAUAAGAUAACAGUAUUGUAUUUAGCUAAUGGGUUUUACGUUGACAGUUCUAUUAAUCGAUUCAUAGUGAUGGAUAGUGAAUGUGUUUAAAAUGUAUAGGUGAUUGUGGCACGAAGAACAUGUCAGGUGAGGUGAAGUGCCCACAAAAAUUCUGUCUCUUGUGUUUGCAGAUUAAAUUAAUGUUUGAAAAUUGUCAUAUGGAAAGGGUCUGGCAAUGCAAUCCUAGCAGUAGGCACCCAACCUUGAUUUUUAGUUAUUUUUGUUGGUUAAUGGAGCCCAGCAAUGGCCUUAGACUUUUGUGGAAUAGUUGGAAUACUUUAUGAGCCUGAUUUACACAAUCCCCUCUCAGUUUUUGUGUACAUCUCAGGAAUGCAUAAGCAAUUGAGAAAUUACAUAGUGGCUGCCAAUGUGCACAUUGUCACAAUCAGCAGUGAAUUUCAGUUGUGUGUGUGUGCGGCUGUGUGUGUGCCUGUGUGUUGUGCAUGUGUGUGUAUUUGUGUGUGUGUGUGUGUGGUCUCUCCACAGGCUGGGUUGGUGUAAUCUCACAGAGGGCUGCUGUGAUGUUCUGGCCUCAGUCCUGCGUUCUCCUCACUCAGAGAUGAGAGAUCUGGAGCUCAGAGACAACGAGCUGCAGGAUUCAGGAGUGAGAGCGCUCUCUGCUGGACUGGAGGACCCACACUGUAAACUGCAGAGACUGGGGCUGUCAGGCUGUAGAGUCACACAGAGAGGCUGUGAUUCUCUGGCUUCAGCUCUGUGUUCAAACCCCUCACACCUGAGAGAGCUGGACCUGAGAUACAAUCACCCAGGAGACUCAGGAGUGAGAGCGCUGUCUGCUGCUAAACUGGACACACUCACACUGCUUGUGGACCAUGGAGGAGAGAACAGGACCAAACCAGGACCCAGGAAAUACGGCUGUCAGCUCACACUGGAUCCAAACACAGCGUACAGAAGGCUGUCUCUGUCUGAGGGGAACAGGAGGGUGACACACACACGGGGGAGAGAGGAGCAGCCAUAUCCUGAUCAUCCAGAGAGAUUUGAGUCCAGGCCCCAGGUUUUGUGCAGAGAGAGUGUGUGUGAGCGCUGCUACUGGGAGGCUGAGUUCAGUGUGUCUGAGGGGGGGGGAGGGGUUUAUAUAGCAGUGACAGAUAAAGGAAUCGGCAGAAAAGGACAGGGUGCUGACUCUCCGUUUAUAUGGUAUGAAAAUGCCUGGUGUCUGCUGUUCCAGAACGGCGGACGCUCUAAUGAACCACAAAGAUACAUUUUAUACCACAAUCGCAACCGAACAGACAUACCUGUCCCCCCCUCCCCCUACCGCAGAGCAGGAGUGGGUGAUGAUGAUGAUGGUAGAGGAGUGUGUGUGUACAGGGUAGGAGUGUGUGUGGACCGUCUGGCCGGCACUCUGUCCUUCUACAGCGUCUCUGACACUAACACACUGACCGUCCUGUACAGAACCCACACACAUUUCCCUGAACACACACCCCUCUGUGCUGGAUUUGGAGUGUAUGACGGCUCACUGUCCCUCUGCCAACUGGAGUAGAGACACAGACACACACGUAUACACACAUACACACACUCAUGAGCACGCACCCAAACACUCACAAACACGCACACGGACUCUCAUACGCAUACACACAAAGACAAUCACACAUAUGCACACACACUCCCACAUGUAUGCACACACACAUACCCACAAACAUGUGCACACACUCUCAUGUUCACCCACACAUACACAUGCACACACACACACCCUCCCAUUCACGCACUCACAUACUAAUACCCAUACACUCUCACUCUUACACCAACUCACACGUGCGCACAUGCAGGCAAACAAACACACUCACACAUGCACAGUCUCUCUUAUACACACACACACUCUCACGCACACACCCACAAUCUCAUACACACACACUCUCUUGCACGCACACGCACGCACUGUCUCACACACACACAUACUUUCUCAUACAAAAUACGCGCACACUCUCUUAUGCACACACACACGCGCACUCACUCUCACACACACUCUCUCGCACACACUCUCUUACAAACAUGCACACACAAUCUCAAACCCACGCACACACUUUUCAUCACCUACAUAUAUAAACACACACUGUCUCAUAAAAUGCGCACACACACUCCCACACACUUGCACCCAAGCACUCAAUCCCUCGUGAAUAUUCUUAUACACACACCUUCACACACACAUGCACUCACUCACACACACACACACACACACACACACACACACA